GGAUCCCUGACGUGUAUCACUAAAAACAUUCAGAAUUUCAACGUGUUGUGAAUAGGAAAUCUGUGGAAAUUAUCCACAAUUUAUACAAUAUCACAGAGCAAAAACACAUAAUCUAAUUCUAUAAUAUUUCAUAAUAUUUUUUAUUUUAUUAUUCUAUUUGUGAUAUUGUCUUAUUCAGGCUUGUACAGCACUUUGGCGAAAACUUGUUUCUAAAAAAAAAAGCUUUAUAAAUAAACUUUGACUUGUGUUCAACAAUACUGUAUGUCCACCCAUUCCCCAUUGUUUUUUUUUUUUUUUGCAGCCCCCAUCUCAGCCUCUGCAGUCUGAUCUUUUCAUAGACAUUAUCAAACUGCCUGACUGAGCAUGUACUAUAUUGUAGAAUUUUUAGAAGAAUCAUUGGUUGGAAUUGUAGCAGAGUGCUGGACAUUUGAAGAUGAUGGGCAACAAUUAAGUUACUGGCCUCCGAACAAUCAGACAAAACGGGCAAAAAAAGAAGAAAUCCCUGACGAAGAGACAUGGAUCACACGAAAAAUCCGUGUUUUUGCCAAAACUGAUGAUUUCGAGAAGGCAUUAAGGUGGAGUAAAAAUGCUGAAUUGAAUUCCUCUGUAGAAAGUGACACUGGUAAUAACUUUAAGAGGCCAACCAGAAAACCAAGCAGAUUCGAAGACAGCAGCGAUGAUGAGUGGGGAAAUGCCACCUGGAUGCCUAACUUAAAGAGAAAGCGACAAGAUGAACCCUUUCCUCGCCUCAAGGCAACAGCUGUAAGAAAAAGGCCAGACAAAGCAGAAGCAGCUAAACUUCCAGAUCCACCCAAACUGCACCCAAAACCUUCCCACCAUCCCACCUGUGACCCUUCAGUUCCCACAUCACAAGAUUUACCUGAAGAUGUUGAAGAGCCUCCCAGACGAUCCUCAGUGGCAGCAACAGAACAUGCAAAUGUGGAGAGACAACCAUGGACAAGGCCUCCUAGAGAUGUUUCAAUGCCGAACAACCUCAAAGAAACACUGCAGUCGCUGCUGCAGAAAGUAGACAGCCUGGCAGCCUCCCAGAGAGAAAUUUUACUUCUACUGCGGAGGAACCAGGGUCGUCAAAGGGAGGACGAUAUCUUGGAUCUCAAGACAGCUCAGUGCAAGGAGGAGUUGGAGGAGCUUGAGAACCACCUUAAGGACCCUGAAUUUAGAAAGAAAGUGACACACCAUCUCAGCCUUAUCGGUGGGGCCAAUCCAGGAGAGUGUGUAAGGAGGGUAAUGCGGGCAGUAGCCACCAACAACGUAUGGUGCCACUACAGCCUGCAUGGGAAGCGAAAGAAGCUGGCUCUGAUUAAAACAACAACAUGCAAAGUUAUCACACAUGCCGUCAUGAAAUAUAAAGCUGGUCUUGGAGAGAAGGAGAUCGAAAGUUUAAUGGCAGAGACUCUUAAACAUGCGCCGGCGCACAUUAAUAAAAGUGCUGAGGGACACGUCGUGGAGGAGGAGACGACGGAGGAGUAGAUGUGGUGGAGUGAUCAGUUCAAUGAAAAAAAAAAAACUUUGUUCAUUUACAUGUUUAUACCUGUUUACAGUUUUUGUUAUAUGCUUUAUCUGAUAUAUAAACAAACUGAAUUAAUCAAA